AUGACCUCCUAUGACCGUCAUGCCUCUCACGAUUCUCCUUACCGGACUGGUCGACACGUCCCUCUCAGUCAAAGUCGUCAUGAACCUCUUACAUCCAUCGCCACCAGCGCUAUCGAGUCUCGUCCAGAUCUCUCCGGUCCCUACGACGAUGAACCCACAAAGGGCGCGACCGUGCAAUCCACCGAAUUCAACGGCUCCCCGACCGACUUAGAUUCUCCGAGCCGCCCUUAUUCACCUGGAAUGAGAUCUACAGCAUCAAAGCGACGAUCCAAUGAUCAAGAACCCGGCGAAAUUCAAAUGCAAAGCUUCCACGAUGGCGCUCCGCCUCCUCCACCGGUCGCUCACUCUUGGCGAAAGAUCGAACGCUGGUUGGAAAGCAACUACGAAGAAUUACUCGAUAACCUCGGCGAGGGAUGCACACAGAAUGAUAUAAAUGAAUUGGAACACGAGUUGGAUUGCAGUCUUCCGCUCGAGCUGCGAGAGUCAUUGAUGAUUCACGAUGGUCAAGAACGUCCCGGUCUGCCUACCGGUGUGCUCUUCAGUGCCAUGCUGCUGGAUUGCGAGGAGAUUGUUCAAGAGCGACGCAACUGGAAAACCGUAAACGAUGAAUACCUCAGCGCCGCCAUGAUGUCAACCCCCGUCACCAGCUCCGCUGCUAGUUCCUCAACCGCAGCCCCUCAACAAGGUGCGACAUGGCGAAAUGAUCUCCUCGAUCGCCAGGACUCCCAACCACCCGGCGCCGUACAAAAGGCCUACGCCCAUCCAGCCUGGAUCCCUCUCGCCCGUGAUUGGGGCGGCAACCACAUCGCAAUUGAUCUUGCUCCCGGUCCCGCCGGAAAAUGGGGCCAGAUCAUCAUCUUCGGCCGUGACUAUGAUUGUAAAUACGUGAUUGCUCGAUCCUGGGCUGCCUUUUUGGCUACUUUCGCCGAUGACCUUUGCAGUGGCCGAGUCAAUAUCGACGAGGAGACGAACGAAAUGAAAUUGAAGGUUAAGUCCCAAAAUCUUGAACCGGCAUACUUGGAAAUUCUGCGAUGGAGAGUCGACCAGAAGUACGGCCGGCGCCCACCGCGCCGACGUGCUCCUAAUGGUAUGGGCGCGAAUGCUUCCGGGAAAGGCUCUACUCGGGAUUCUCCCUAUGGUAGCCCAACACGCGCAGAGGAGCGAGGCCGAUCCCCACACCGUUUCCCUAACCGCGGGCCGGCACAGAGCCCUAAGACUCCGUUUGGUGUUUCAAGUCCCCUUGCUCGGGUUACUGAGGAAGCUCCAUCUGGCCCUGCGGGACCUACGAUCUCUGAAGAUCCACGAGAGAGCGAGGAGUCGGUUGAAGACUUGCUGGAGGUGUCCACGCCCCAAAUAUCCAACAAAGAGAAUGAAGGAUUCCCUGAGUUGAAGGGAUCAGAGGCAGACAAGGCCGAGAAGAGCGAUGAAGCAUCAGGGUCUGGCAAUGCACUGGAAUCAGAGGUUCUUGGAGAAAUGAAGAACGUGGCCAUUUAG